AAACACGCGCACAGAUUCUGCAUCAUUCUGCUCUCCUAAAACAUCCCAGCUCAAAUGUCUGCAGAGAGGAUUUGAUUCAACUUACCUAGUCUGCCAAAAUGUGGCUUUUCAGAGCGGCCCUGCUGUUUGCUGCACUGGAUUUCAUUUCCUGUGCCAUAUUUCUAGCACCUUUAAACAUGGGUGGAGUUACAGGCCAAGUGCAGUUUGACUCCAAAAAGCAGACAGCCACCUUAAAUGUAACAGGUGUAGGAUCCUGCGCUGCAGUAAGCAUUUCCCUCACUGUGUUCCCCGUCAUGUAUGGCCACUUUGCUCAACCCUGCUCUGAGGCAAACAUUGGUGUCAGUGUCUUCAACUUUACUGCUAAUCCUUCAUCCGCCUCUCCCAUCAAUGUGUCACUUCUCUUUGAUCAAAAGUCAAACUUGGAUGACCUGUCACUGUCUUUGCAGACAUGUGACGGCAUCACAGUAUGCACAGUUGUAGGUCAAGGUCAGACACGACUGACUCGCCAAGCGAGAUUUGCAGAGUCUGUUGCUGGUAACAUUUACAUACGUGCUAAUGUAAAUAAUGCCAACCCUAGGCUUCUCGCUGACCUAGUGACUGUUGGUCAGGUGAAUGCCCCAGAAACCAACAUUAUCAUCGUUGGAUCCACAAGUACAGCAACUAAUUGCAGCAUACUGCUUAAAAGCUUAAAUCCAGCAUCUUUAACAAAUCUGGGAAGUGUGAAAGUAGGAAACCCUCUCAGCCCUCAGAAAUCCCGUUUGGAAUUCACUAGCUAUACAGAGUACUCGUAUCUUCUCCUCAGGACCGGCACCAGUUAUAGGUGUGCUCAGGUAUACAGCAUGCCACAGAAAGAAGUCAGCGCUGUAAUGAACAUGAGAGGAAUCAAGGGAUAUUUCAGAUUCCGUCAGGGUUCACCGUUUGACGUGACACAGCUUAGCGUGAAUCUGACAAACUUGAGGGAAUUAGUUGGCCCCUACCACGUCCAUAAUUUUCCCGUCCCUUCAGUCAGGUCAGGCCAAUGUUCAAAUGAUAAUGUGGGUGGUCACUGGAAUCCGUUUGCAGUUGACACAACUUCUCCAACAUACCCUGCAGGGCCUGGAUCAACUCAUGACAAGUAUGAGAUAGGUGACCUGAGUGCCAAGCACAUGUCUCUUUCUGGUAGAAGUGCUUUUGUUAUGACAUUCACUGACUUCAACCUUCCUCUGUUUGGACAGAACAGCAUUGUUGGUCGCUCAGUUGUGAUUCACCUGGUCAAUGGUGAUAGGUAUGCAUGUGCCAGCAUUGGCUAUCCUGAUGAAGUGACCGUAGCUAGUGCCACAUUUCAGACUCCUGUGGUGGGAAAGAUUAUCUUUACUCAGUUGGUGAACAAUCCCUUGUCAGAUGUGUCCAUCUUUAUGGAUCUGUCGUAUGGAGAUCCCACAACAACACCAACCCAAAACCAUAACUGGCACAUUCACGAAUUCCCCAUUAGCUCAGAGAGGGAUGAUGAUGAAGGGAGGUGCGUCACAACAGGAGGCCACUGGAAUCCUUUUAAGAUCAGCACAACUGAUAGGAGCUACGCCCUUUAUUGCAAACCAUCCUGCCCCCUAUGUUGUGAGGCCGGCGACCUCGCCAACAAACAUACCACCAUUAAUCUUGACACCAACAUAGGCGGCGUGAACUCCAAACACUUUUUCACCGACGUCACUUCCUGGUUAGAUAUAUCUGGCAUUACUGGUCGUUCUGUGGUCAUCCAUGAAGCAGAAAGAGGAGGCCCGAGGAUUUCUUGUGCCAAUGUUACUAAGGUGUGGGUCCCUGCAGCAAGUUUAGGGAAGUGGUUUGGCCCUGGCUCAUCCAGGGGCCAGGUGAAUUUCUCUCAAGCUGUCCCUCAAGGCCCUACAAGAAUCACUGUGUCCUUAAAAAACCUGAAGUCCUUAGCUGGAGGCUACCACGUCCACAUCUUGCCCAUUAUUGUUGGCAGCAGUAAUCCUUGCUCAAAUGCAAACAUCCUUGGUCACUUUAACCCACUGGCCUGGAACACAUCAAGCUCUCCCUCACCCGGUGCGGGUACUGUGGACCAAUAUGAGAUAGGGGACAUCAGUGGGAAGUUUGGCAUGCUUACUGGCCAGAAUGACUUUGAAGCUUUCUUCAUGGACCCUAACAUGCCUCUUACUGGACCUUACAGCAUCAUGGGAAGAUCUGUCGUAGUCCACUACACCAAUGGAUCACGGAUGGUGUGUGCAAAUAUCUUACCAGACACCAUUAUAAAUGGACAUUGGACUCUUGCAAAGGCUACAUUUAAUGGAACAGUGACUGGGACAAUCACACUGCACCAGCAAGUGUUUCCUGAUGGGGGUAGCAGUGAUGUCACACUGAAUGUGGACCUCAAGUCAUCUGCAAGUCAAGGUAUUCCUGCGGCCUCCCUGUUUAUCACAAGCAACCAUGUGAAUGCCACAAGCGGCUCGUGCACCAGCGUGGGAGACACUUUCAACCCCUUCAACAUGAAACUACUGAGCUCCAGCUGUUCGCUCCAAAACCAGUUGAGCUGUGCGGUGGGGGAAUUUUCUGCAAGGCAAGGCAAUGUCAGUCUGACAGGGAGAGAAGUUUACACUGACAGCAACAUCCAGCUCUCAGGAGACCACACAGUUGUCUACAGGUCUCUUGUGCUGACGAGUGGCAACAACAUCCUUGGGUGUGCCAACAUCCUCCCAGAAUCCCCGUCUGCAGAACAGACCUUUAUUAAAUUGAGAUCCUUUAGCCGGUAUGAUUUCCGAAGGAGAGUUGCAGAUGUUCUGCAGGCAGAAAUGGCGAGGAUAACCAUCUUGCCCGGCUCUCCCUUCUUUACAAAAGGUGGCAAGUGCCAAACGGUCAACUUCAUGGUGUCGGGAAAUGUCAGCACACAACUUCUUAAGUCCGUUGGAAGCAGCCAGCUGAUGGGCCCGUUCAGAGGAAAAGGCCGAUGUGCAAACACAGCAAUGUCUCCAAAGAUCACAGGGGAGCUUCUGCGGCUUCUUCGGCAGGCAAUGAGGAACUGCAAAUAUUUCUCAGAGCCAAUCAAUGCUUACAUAGUCCCAUCUGGAGAUGCACAUCAGAGUGAAUACAUUGCACCAUGUGACUGCAGACGGGAAUUCAUCUGUGGGUUCAAUGGUUCUGCAGGAACAGCCAUUAUCACAGAGCAGCACGCUGCCAUGUGGACAGACGGACGAUAUUUCCUCCAGGCCAGCCAGCAGAUGGACAACAACUGGGCUCUGAUGAAGAUGGGACUGAAGGAGACACCGUCACAGGAGGACUGGCUGAUCAGCGUCCUGCCAGAAAACUCCAAAGUGGGAGUAGAUCCUUGGAUCAUUGCUGCUGACCAGUGGAAGAACAUGUCCAAGGCACUGACCAGUGCUGGCCACUCGCUGGUGGCCGUGCAGGACAACCUGAUCGACGUGGUCUGGACGGACCGGCCGGAACGGCCCAGCACGCAGCUCCGCACCCUGGGACUGGAAUACACGGGUGUCUCCUGGCAGGACAAGAUCACGAUGCUUCGAGGCAAAAUGACGGAGAGGAAGAUCAGCUGGUUUGUGGUGACGGCGCUGGAUGAGAUCGCGUGGCUUUUCAAUCUGCGAGGUGCAGACAUUCACUACAACCCAGUGUUUUUUGCGUAUGCCAUCGUGGGAAUGAACUCCAUCAGGCUCUUUGUGGACCUGAAGCGGCUGUCUGACCCGGUGGUGCGGGACCACCUGCAGCUGGACUCCUCCAGCCUGGCCGAGCUGAGCGUCCAGACCUUCCCGUACGAGUCCGUGUACACCGAGCUCCAGGCGAUCUGCGCCGCGCUCGGCCCCAAGGACAAAGUGUGGAUCUGUGACAAGGCCAGCUGCGCUCUGACGCAGGUCGUCCCAAAGGCUCACAGGACUCUGAUUCCCUACACUCCGCUCUGCCUCUCCAAAGCCGUGAAGAACGCCACCGAGAUCAAGGGCAUGAAAAUGGCCCACAUCAAGGAUGCUGUUGCUCUUUGUGAACUCUUUGCUUGGUUGGAAAAGGAGAUCCCCAACGGCAACGUGACCGAGAUCUCUGCAGCCGAUAAGGCCGAGGAACUCCGCAGUCAGCAGAAAGACUUUGUGGGCCUCAGCUUCCCCACCAUCUCCAGCGUGGGUCCGAACGGAGCCAUCAUACAUUACCGGCCCCUUCCUGAAACCAACAGAACUCUUACUGUGAAUGAAGCUUAUCUGAUCGACUCUGGAGCUCAGUACAUCGAUGGGACCACAGACGUCACCCGCACCGUGCAUUUCGGGACGCCUUCCGCUUUUGAGAAGGAAUGCUUUACUUACGUGCUGAAGGGACACAUCGCUGUCAGCGCUGCCGUUUUCCCCAAUGGCACUAAAGGCCACCUGCUGGACUCGUUUGCCCGUGCCGCCCUGUGGGAGUCGGGACUGGACUACCUUCACGGAACGGGUCACGGCGUGGGCUGCUUCCUCAACGUCCACGAGGGGCCCUGCGGCAUCAGCUACAAAACCUUCGCGGACGAACCUCUGGAGGCUGGAAUGAUCGUCAGCGACGAGCCGGGAUACUAUGAAGACGGAUCGUUUGGGAUUCGUAUUGAGAACGUGGUCCUCGUUGUUCCCGCUAAACCCAAAUACAACUACAGGAACAGGGGCAGUCUGACGUUUGAGCCUCUGACUUUGGUUCCUAUCCAAGUGAAGAUGAUGAACACGGAGCUGCUCACGCAGAAGGAGAAGGACUGGGUGAACGAGUACCACCGGAGGUGCAGGGAGGUGGUUGGUGCGGAGCUGGAGCGGCAGGGCAGGAUGGAGGCUCUGCAGUGGCUGGUCAGGGAGACGCAGCCCGUCGUCUGAGGACUCCGCGUCCUCUCCGCUCUGUGGCCGCCCUUCGAUAGCCGCUUCACUUCUUCUCCCCUCUGUCUGUGAUCCACGCUCUGCUUGCCUUUUUUAAGCAACGCCGGCAGUUUUAUUAAAACCUGUUAAUAGGCCCUUCAGAUUCUUUUUCUACUUAAUGUCUCGGGAAAAUGUGACGGUGACGUUUUUAAAGAUUUUGCCAAUCCUUUCCAUUAAAGGUACAAUGUGCAAAAUCGA